UUUAAUAAACAAAAACAGAAUAAUUAGAAUGAAAAGUUUAAAGUUAUACUCACAUAUUAGAACAAGGAUUCAAUUCAAAAGGUGUUUCAGCAUUGACUUUUACACAUACAAAAUUAGUAAAAAAAAUCAACAAGGAAAAAUAUAAAUACUCAAAUAUUGCCAUUAAAUUCAAAUCACAAACUCAAAUCACUGAAUUAUGUCGCUUUACGAUGAUUUGGAUACGAAGCAGAUUCCAGAUUGGAGUUCGGGAAUCAAUAAACUUAUGCCGCAGCCGCAAUUAUCAUUGAAAAAUAAACUUCAGCCACCGAAAAAACAACUUCUCACUCCUGUUGUAAGUUUGAAGCCAAAAGUUUUAGAAGAAAACAAAAUAAAAGAACCAACGAAGCCAAAAAUUAUUCAACACCAGCCGAUCGCUCCAAUCAUUCAAACAUCCACAGCAAUCAACGAAUGGGAAGAAUUCUUAUCAAUCGAAGAUGAAUACAAUCCAGCUGUCCCAAAUGAAUAUGAAAAAAUUGUCAAAGAACGUCGCGAACGUAAUAAAAAAGAAGACAAUAGAAAGCGGCAUAGAUCACCAUCACCGACAUUUAAAAAGAGUGGAUUUGGUGGGCGUCACCAAUCAUCAGACGAUGAAGAUAAUUUCAGACCAUCAAUUGGCUCAAAUCGUAUUGGAACAGCCAUUGCACCACCAAAAUCUCUUCAAGAAAGUUCUCCAAUCGUAGAUGCAAAAAUUCCAAAUAUUAACAGUUAUGGAGCUUCUGCAGUAGCUGCAAAAAUCAUGGCAAAAUAUGGCUUCAAAGAUGGUCAAGGUUUGGGCAAACAAGAACAAGGAAUCAGCAUGGCGCUUCAAGUUGAAAAAACAUCAAAGAGAGGUGGAAGAAUUAUUCAUGAGAAGGAAAUUGCAAUUCCAAAUUUACCCGUUCCUGAAAUGUCAGCUCCAUUAACAACAGCACCAGCACCACCACCAGAACAAAGUAUCACUGAAAUGAUGAAAGCACCGAGCAAAGUUAUUAUGCUUAGAAACAUGGUUGGACCUGGUGAAGUCGAUGAUGAACUUGAGCCAGAAGUCAAAGAGGAAUGUAACAGAAAGUAUGGCGAAGUGGUGACAGUUCACAUUUGUGAAAUGCCUAAUGUGACACCUGAAGAAACUGUGCGAAUCUUCGUAGAAUUCACCAGAAUCGAAAGUGCAAUCAAAGCACUUGUUGAUCUCAACGGUAGAUUCUUCGGUGGUCGUCAAGUUAAAUGUGUUUUUUAUUCUUCAGAAAAAUAUGAAAAUUUCAUUUUUGAUGAUUGAAUUUCCUUUGAGUCUUAUUUCAUUGAUAAUAAAUUGAUUUUUAUUUGCUGAAA